AUGCGCAGUCAAUUGCCGUUGAGGAGUGUUGCUCGAGGCGCUCGACACCUUCGGCGUCCUUGUUGCGCUGUUGGACGUCGAGCUAUCCAAAUCAGCGCAACGCCGACGACAGAAUCCCCCAUACACAGCGGCGAUGUUCUCAGCAACUCAAUUGAUACCUAUACAGAUCCGGCAGAUGCCAGAUUCGAGGUUCUGGGCGCGCCAUAUUCUCUUUUGUCUGUUUCAUUAUCCGCGUCACAACAGCUAUAUACAAGAAGAGGCACAUUGGUUGGAGUCAGUGGGAAAGCAGAGAAUGUCAGUAUGCUUAAUUCCAAAGAAGAUCUCUUGCUUAUUGUUUUCAAGGCACAAUCUACCCUCUCUAUACUGAAACCCUUUCGACGAGCCGCUCUCGGCAUUCCUUUCCUAUACCAACGAAUCUCCUCUUCAAGUCCACUCACAGCUUUAAUAUCAACAAAAUCACCCCUUACUUCUUUCACCGUAUUACAUCUUAAUGGCACUGUGGAUUGGAUGAUAACGCAGCGAAAAGCACUGCUGGCUUGGACUGGACAUACUCUUUCCGUCUCUCCCACUGCGAAUAGAGGCAUGGGUCUAGCUCAUUGGGGGAACACAUUUCUUACUGGCAGAGGGCUGGUAGCUUUAGCUGGUCCGGGGCAGAUAUAUCAAGUUACGUUGAAGGCUGGAGAGCAAUAUGUUGCACAUCCUGGAAAUGUGGUGGCUUAUACGGUCACGCAAAACCCCCCUCUGCCGUACAGAUUUAAGUCUUCGAAUCUGAGGUUCCAAGUACCAGACCUUGGUCUCAACAGGUUCCUGCAGGGUAUUAAGUUUUUUAGGGUCAUGAGGGAAACGGAUACGUGGAGGGCAGUGACGAAUUUGCUGUUCAAUUUCAGGACUGCGGCAAGAAGGACAAUAUGGGGCGACAGGCUGUUCUUGCAGUUUCAUGGUCCCAGUACUAUUUUGAUGUCUUCGAGAGCGUCACGAAUUAGCGAUGUGUUGACAGCAAGGGAUGUGAAUGAGAUUGCGGACUCUCCAGCUGGGGCAGUACAGUCUGCGGUAACGUUGGCGAAUAAGCCGAAUGAGGAAGUGAGCUCGAAGAAACAGGCGGAUGUUCCAACUGGAUUUCAUUCAGUGGAGGUUUCUAGAGAUGGUAAAGUAAAAUUUGAGGACGUGCAGGAUGUUAAGCCGUUUGUACGGUAG